AUGUACAACUAUCACCCGAGCCAGCAUCCCGGGACCCCACGAGCUGCACCUCAGCCGUCUGAUUCGGUCCCCCAGAACGCCUACGGUUAUGACCGCCCACCUCAGGGAGUCGAUAUGGGCCUAAUGAACAUGGGAUCUCAGCAGCAAUUGCCCGCGGGUGUAUCAGGCGGACCUGCGAUCAGCCUGGCCGCCCAAAUGGCCCGUCAGCAACAACAGCAGCAACAGCAGCAACAGCAGCAACAGCAGCAACAGCAGCAGUACUACUACGCACAGGGCAUUCCACAGUAUUACCAGGCGCCCGCCUCUGUGCAAGGCGAUGCCUCCGGUCAGCCGCAUCUUGGCCAGGCCAACACCGGCGAAGACCUGCAAGUUGCUCCAGUUCCGUCUGCCGGUUACGGACACAUGUACCCUGCAUAUUACCAGCAUCCUCCUCCGUCUGCAAAUUCGGCCUACCAAUUCAAUGCUGCUGCUGCUGCGGCAGCGGCUGCGGCUUAUCGAGCUCCGGCGAACUCAGACUAUCUUAUGAUGAUGCAGCAGCAUGCGGCCCAUGGCAUGGAGCCUGUAGCACCUCACACUGUCGUGCCAGCGACGAAUCAACAACCCGUUUUGACGGUUACUGAUCCAACUGGCCAAACAGCACCCCCGGGAAUUAAACCCAAGGUCACAACUACUAUAUGGGAAGACGAAAAAACACUCUGCUAUCAGGUCGAGGCCCGAAAUAUCUGCGUCGCUCGCCGUGAAGAUAACAACAUGAUCAAUGGCACAAAGCUUUUAAAUGUAGCCUGUAUGACCCGGGGCCGUCGUGAUGGUUUGCUCAAAGCAGAACGCAAUCGUCACGUAGUCAAGACAGGUGCAAUGCAUCUGAAAGGCGUCUGGAUUCCUUACGACAGGGCUCUUGAUUUCGCCAACAAGGAAAAAAUUGUGGAUUUACUCUAUCCAUUAUUUGUGUCAGAUAUCAAAAGCAUUCUAUACCACCCUGACGAUCCUGCAGGUCUGGGCGUUCAGACAGGUGAUACCCAAGUUAUGGCAUCCGCGGUACCGUUCACGCCCUCAAACAGUAUGCAAAAUCCGUCAGUUCAAGCCCAGCAGGAGCACAUGCCCUCAAAACAGCCUGUGCAGUCCGCGCACCCAGGAACACACCAACCCAUCGAGUCUGCACGCCCUAGCACUACAUCGCCACGACCCAACACAAUGGCUCCACAACCUGCCAUAGAAAACGAGCAAACACAACGCUACUAUGACGUUUCACAUAUGGAUGGACAGCAGGGGCGAUAUCUGCCUCAGCCUCCUCAGCCUCCUCAGCCCCCACAAGCGGUGGGAGCAUUAGACUCCCAGACACACCGACCACAGCAGCCUGUGCAGAUAUCACAAUCACCUGUUCAGCAGCAAAAUCCGCAAUCGUUACAACUGCAACAUCAGCAGGGCCAGCAGCCGCAUGCACAACCUCAGCCGCAGCCCCAGCCGUCUGCAGGUCUCGGUGAUACCCAGGAACAUGUGGAGAGCGGCAGCCAACAAGCUGAGACCAAUAUCCCUCAGCAGCAGCCUCAGCAGCCUUAUUACUAUAGGCGAUCUGGUGAGGAUUACCAGUAUCAACAGCAUGCAUAUGGCCAGCCUAAGACAGAAACGGAAUAG